AUUGCCAGUUUAAUUAGUGGAUUCUUUUUUUAAAUGUGUCCACAUUUCACGCUUGCUUAUAAAAGGGUCUUUUUUAAACAGUAAUCAGUUGCAAUGUUAUGCAUUAAUUUACCUCGGAGAGGCAUGCUUCCUUCUUUGUAUAAAUUCUGCUAUCAAGUGGCUUUUGGCAAAAGUUAACUCAUGCUGAAUUUAGGAAAUGGAACAUCUGUGAAUUUGACCCACUUUUCUUUAUUGUUUAUUAUUUUUGUGAUAUGUCAUGGACAUUGACGUCUAUUGUAACAACAUUGAACAAUGAGUGUGGCAAUACCCUGUUUGGCAAUGCAGUUCAGUCACCCCCUGUUUCUUCACAUAACCAAUCAAACGCUGACUCUUCCUUGGCAAACAGAUGAACACGGAAGCAAAAGAAGCCAUUUUUCAAUCCGAAGAUGACUCGGAUCAAGAUGAAACAACCCAAAAUAUCAUAGAGGAAAGUCUCAUUGAAUACAAAAAGCUCAAGGGACUGAAUCCAAGUCAUCUGAAAGUUACCGAAGACCCUGAUGAUAUAUUCAAAGCAAUUGCGGAGGGUGAUGAGGGUGCAGUCAAACGACUAAUGGAACAACCAGAGGCUCUGUCAAGAGUUAAUGAGCAUGGGUGGAUCCCUCUGCACGCAGCUGCAGUACAGGAGAGUAAGCACAUACUCAAGAUAAUCUUUUCAGCUUCACCAUUUGGGGCUGCCCAAUGUCGUACAUUCAAGGGGGAGACACCAUUGUUUUUAGCGGUAGUUUAUGGCCGUAGGCACAACUCCACAUUUCUUUUACAAAAUGGCUGUAACCCCAAUCUCCAGGACGAUGAGCAAGAUUCUCCAUUAAUGGCAGGUAGUUCCUGUAUUUCUAUAAAAAUGAGUAUUUUCCUUCAUUUUUAUGUCCCUGUUGCUCCUUAUUUCUCAGCGAUUCUAAAUGACCAGUACGACCUGGCAACACUAUUGCUCCACUACGAUGCUCAAGUGGAUCAGCUAGGCCCGCUAAGCAGGACAGCGCUGCAUGAGGCUGCCUUCCUUGGCCUGGAGAACUUUGUCUAUCUGCUCCUUGAGUCCGGUGCCAACCCAAAUGCGUGUGACAUAAUGAAGAAAACACCACUUGCUCUGGCUACACAAAAAGGGCAUCUAAAUGUGGUGGAGCACUUGUUACUGAAAGGGACAAAUGUUGAGUGUGAAUCAGAGUCUGGCAGUAUCUUGUUUGAGGCAGCAGCAUCAGGAAACCCCAAUGUAAUAUCCUUGCUGUUGGACCAUGGAGCAGAUGCUAACUUGCCCUCAUACAGUGGCCACCUGCCAAUUCACCGUGCGGCAUACCACGGUCAUAUACUGGCAUUGCAGCGUCUCAUCCCAGUGACUAAACUGUGUGCAAUAAAAGAGAGCGGGAUGAGUCCUCUUCACUCUGCGACUGCUGAAGGGCAUGCACAUUGCAUGGAGGUGCUGCUCAAAGCUGACUUUGACCCAAACCAAAUGUUACACCCGAGGAUGCGACGCAACUAUGAUGAUGAAUGCAAGUCUGCCCUUUUUUUCGCUGUGUCCAACAAUGAUCUUCAGUGCACUCGCCUGUUGCUGGAGGCAUGGGCCAUGGUGAACCAGGACCCUGUCACUUGUUUACAAGUGGCAAUGAGACAGGGCAACUAUGAACUCAUCAAUACCUUGCUGAAGUUUGGGGCAAAUGUAAACUAUUACUCUCGCGUCAACACCACCCACUUUCCCUCUGCCCUGCAGUAUGCAUUAAAAGAUGAAGUCAUGCUGAGAAUGAUUCUGAACCACGGCUAUGAUGUAAAGCGAUGCUUCAAUUGCCCGUAUGGUGACAGUUGCCAUGACAUGGCUCCCUGGACAACAUCGGACAUCAAAGAUAUGGUGUUUUGUGAGGUGAUAACAGUGUCUUGGCUCAAGCAGUUUUCUGCUCAGGUGGUUCGAAUCAUGCUCGACUACACCAACCAUGUCUCCUUCUGCGCCAAACUGAGGGACGUCUUACAGGAGCAGAAGCAAUGGGCACAGAUCUGCCACAUCCAAAGAAAUGCGCGAAGCUUAAAGCACCUGUGCCGGCUGAAGAUUCGAGAGCACCUUAACGGACUACGUUUGAAAGCACCCGUUUUAAUCACUUACCUCCCUCUUCCCCCCAUACUGAAAGAGUACCUACGUUACAAGGAGUUUGAUGUGUACCACAGGGGCAGCACAGAUACUGUGUGUUCAGUCAUGUCAUAAACGCCUCAGUUCCAUUAUAUUGUACCAAGUUGCAUGACAUUGUCAUUCUCCAUGUGAUUAAAAGAGUCUUUAAUGGAUAUGAUCCAUGACUGUACCACUGCCCUACAGAUAGUGCCUACAGUAUUUCGCUCCUUAUAUUUGAUGCACAACCACUCCCAGUCGAUAGUCUUGAAUGGCACCCUUUGCGACAACCAAUGGCAAGUAUUAUCAUUGACAACAUUUACAGUACAUAUUGUAUGGAUGUGGCAAAGUGAAACGAUUUGUGAAGAAGUCUCAUUCACUUGGUCCUUGGAGAGCUGUCAUCAAGCCACAAGAUGUUGGAUUAACACUGGACAAUUGUGAUUGUAUUCUGUCAGUCUAAUUCAAUUUUUCCGAAUAUCAUUUGAUGAUUUUAACCCGCCUCAAAACUCACUUGUAUUCUUUGGCAUUUGACUCAGCAUGACUCGGAUUUGUUCUUGGUUUUGCUGUUCGGUGCUUUCUACCGUCUUUGUUACUGAUUUGUUGCUUUACUGUUGCAUAUGUUAGUUGCUCCAUGUACAGCACUUUGUAUGCAGCGAUGGCUGUUUGAAAGUGCUCUAUAAAUACAGUUGAGUUGAGUUGAGUUGAGGGCUAUUACAAUGGCCACAUCCAAUAUGGCAGAUGCGACGACCAUAUAACUUUGAACAGGACAUCCGUUUCAUUAGGUGUCCACAGCAGAAAUAAAAAGAAAAA